AUGGCGAAGAACUGGGUGAAGCAGAAGCCCUGGCUACCCAAAGACAUGGGGCCAAAGCUCCAUCCCUUCGAUGGCAAUCUAAUGGAUCCUAACGCCAUAUUCCUCAAAGCCCUCGACGUCGACUCUGCCCACGGCGUCGUCGUGAAGGCACGGAUCGGCCGCCAUCUCUACGCCAUAAAAUUCUUCACCACUCCUCAAGAGGAUAUCAACACCAGAGACAUCUACGGCCACAAGGGAUCAUGGAGCUGCUGUGACGGAUUUGACUGGUAUUUCUCACCGUUUGAGAAUGAGUGUCGAGCUUUCGGUAGACUGAAGGAGCAGAAAGCCGAGUCCAUCGCUGUCAAAGUCUAUGGAUGGGUUGCUCUCACGGCAAGACAGAUUAGAAGAAAACUCGCUGCUGCAGGUGCCCAAAAGUUAAACGGAUUUCCGCCCGGGCUACUCUACGGUAUUGUCAAAGACUGGGUCGAAAUGACUCCGUACCAUGACUCGAAGCAACGGGAUAUGUAUGACCAGAUGGUAGCGGUGAAGUACUUCGCCAGGAUGCUCAAAGAUCUGCACAAGCUUCAUUUCCUGGGAAUCGUCAUUCGCGACUUGAAACCAGAUCAGUACAUCGACGGCAUACUUAUCGAUCUAAGCCUCGCCUCUACAGUUCCCCAUCCCUACGGUCCCACGGCUGAAGGCCCCGAAAGUCCCUGGCAACCACGCUGGACGUACGAAAGCCUCGCAGCAUACGAUCUAUAUAACUUCCAGGUGCAUGUCAUUGACUUCUGGAGGUAUAACCAAAAGUUCUGGUUCAGCAAACGGACGCGAAACGGGGUACAAACAAAGUGCAAUGUUGACGCGUAUCCGGCUGCUAGGUGCAAGAAACGCUGCUUCACGCACACGAAACAGUUCGUGCCGCUUUUGAAUUACUAUGAGGAGGUGUUGGCGAUGGUGACGAAGCCGAUGUAUGAUCCGCUGGACUUUUUGAGGAGAAAUCCCGGGUAUCCGGUGCGUAUUGCCCAGUUUGGGGUUCCGGCGAGAGGGCCGCCGCCGCUGCCGACACCGAGACGGACGUUUACACAGAUCGGUUGUUGUGCUGUUAUGUAG